CGUAUAAUGACAUAUUUGAGCAGCUCGUGUGUUUAUUAUCGUUUAUCUUAUUUUAUUUUUACAGUUCAGAAAGAAAUUAUCAGAUCGCUUUAGAUUCGCCACCAUGUCUUUGAGGACUCUGCCUUUACUGAUUAUAAAUCUGGGUGGAGAAAUGCUUUAUAUUUUGGACCAGAGACUCCGAGCUCGGAAUGAAUCAGAUGAUAAAAUACAGAAAGGUUGGUCAGAGGACGACAGGAAAAGAGUGAUGAAUGAUAUAGUCGGUGUGAUGUUCUGUAAGGGGUUUAUGGAGGAGUCGAUGCAGCCGCAGGACAUGUACUCACAUCGAGCUCUGCGCUACGUGCUAACACGCCUGGCUCACACUUCCAUCAUGAGGCUCAACUCUACCAGCAUGGACAGGAUGUAUGACCUGAUGACGAUGGCGUUUAAGUAUCAGAUCGCCCUCUGUCCUCGGCCACGAGACUUACUGCUCGUCUCAUUCAACCACAUGGACGGGGUUCGGGAGCUCGUUAAAGACAAUCCCCGCCUCGUUAACCUCAUCAACGAGGCACAGCGUCUCAUCAUAGAGAUGUACACUCCUUUAUCAGACGGCGAGUUUCAGCUCAUACGCCAGACGCUCCUCGCUUUCUUUCAGGACAUGCGCGUCAGGGUGUCCAUUUUCCUGAAGGAGAAUCUCCAGAACGCAGACGGGAGUUUUGCAAUCCCGACGUCUGGGCCGGUGCCUCACGGCUCUGAAGUUCCCGGAUUAAUCAGGUAUGUUAACAGCCGAGGCAGGCUGGUGAGGAGGCGCGAGUUCGUGAGUGGAGGCAGCUACACCAGCACCGUGAGAGACGCUUCAUUCGACGUGUCCGGAGACCGAGUGACACGUCUGGGCACUAACAUGUACGGUGUGAGCUCAGCCGAGGACACCCACACGUCAGGAAGCUCCAAACACACCUGUAAACGCCAACAGGUUUGCGAUGAUCCUAACCCUCUGGCUAAAGCAGAGCUGAACCUGUUAGCCAAGCUGAUGGGACAGAUGGAGGUUUGGGAUUCGGUUGGUGCUGAUGGAGGGAUGAGAGUGAAUCUGUUCCCCUCCGACCAGGAAGAGGACGAGGAGGGAAGGUUAUCAGCGGCGGACGAGGCGUGCGGUGUGGUGAGCAUUCAGGCUGUGAAGGCCGACACCGAGCUGACCCGCAUCGCCGCCCAGUUCACCGAUCAGGAUGAAGCCGAGAGACCCAGCGACAAAGGAGAAGAUCUGCUGGCCAUGAUGGAUGAACUCUAAAGCAAAAAGAAAUCUCUCUUACAGAAAUAUCACGCACAUUUCACGUGUGAUCAUAUGUUCUUACACGUGUGAACACAUGAAAUUCCAACACCGAACUCAAGUUAAAGUGAGACAGCAUGUGAGUAAAAUGUAAUGAAUAAAACCACAUGGGGCAAUAUGACAGUUACGCCAUUUGUUUAAAAAUCACGUGGGGGAAAAAACCCACGUGAAACGUCUGCAUGUGAAGACGCGUGAAAAAAACCAGGGGUGUAAAUCUCUCAUGUGAAGUCUGUGUGAUGUUUCUGUGAGGAAUUUACUGUUUCACACACUGCUCGCUUUAUUUUAAUAGCGUUUGAUUUGCUCGUUACGGUUAGAGAUGGCACGAUACCACGUUUUCAUUUCCUGUAACGGUUCUGAAACCUUGAGUAUCAGCAAAUACCGACUCUUAGAGAAUAAUACGCUUUUUUUUUAACCUGAAGCAUUUUUAAAAAUUAACAAAUACAGAAUUUACGUCGCUAAAAACACGAUUUGCACAAAACCAUAGCUUUCACAGAAAAAUAACUUUAUAUUAUUAUAUAUAAAUAUAAUAAAGUAUCAAUUCUCUUUAUAUGUAAACAUUUCCAGCUUAUGUAUGUCUUCUCCAAAUCCAAUUCCAAACGUUUCCAUUAGUUACAGGAUCAGAUUAAAUUCAUAUCCCUACCACUGUUUUUGUUGGAAUCGGCCGGAUAGCGAUACUGUGUGCGGUCACUAGUUACAUUGCUACAAUCUGUAUGUUGUUGUUACAUAUUUAAAUAAAGUUAGUCUGUAAAAUUCAUUUUCUAUUUUUAUAAUCAGUGAGUUAUUGUAAUGGUUGAAUCAAACAAAUAAGAAAAUGGGAAAAUCGUACAUGACAUAACUGUGACAACCAAGGGUAUUUAAUUGUUUGUUUGUUUAAGUUGAAUGCAUGAUAUGUUAAACACAACGUAUUCUUCUAUUCAUCUGUAUAAAGUAUUGAUAUAGGAUUAAAUUUGUGUCGGUAUGAAGGUAUCGGAGAUAAUACUUAAUAAAUCUGACAGAGAAUAAAACAAACGAUAUGAAACGGUAAAACUUUACCCGUGGCACAAAUUUAAUUCCAUACCAUACAUUUAUGUCUGUAGAAAAUAAAAUAAAUAAAAAAAAGACGUCUCA